AUGGAAUCUAUUCGCAGGAGAAAAGGUACCACUAUGAAUAGGCGUGGAUCUAUCUCUCAACUGUUACAUAUACAAGUUGGCGCUGAGGUCGCCGCCCUGAAGGAUAAAUUUGACUCGGGUGUUGGAUUAACCCAGCAACCCAGCAGACAGACAAUGCGGUUAUUGAAGUCAUCUCAUUCCGAUGCACGCCCCGACUCCAGUGAGCGCGCACCGGGAUCUUUGCUCGGUCAGGUAAGGGGCACUACCUCUGGCUCCGAUGCCAGCAAUGCAGAAGACCCAAAUAGUCAAUCACUAGUCAAGGAAUCUCGACAAGGUAGCAAACAAUCCAUGAUGGGGAAUCCCAUAGGAGAUGCUCAAACGAAAGACCAGGAUACGAUGUCAUUCCUCGCUGGGACAUGCAACUCAGGUCCAAGUUCAGAUGAGGCAUUAGACGACAUGGAAGUAUUCCUUAAUCCGGAUGUUGGCUUGGACUCGAAUGGAAUUCCGAGCUUCACCUCACCUUCAACAUUCCUCAGUAGCACUUCGCCAAGCUUUGGAGUCUCUAGUGGCCUUCCUCAAAGUCGACAGCCCGAGCUAAUUGCCCAGUCGAGGUUUCUUGGAGAUAGUCCAGGGACCAAGGCAGGGUUGGACCCGUCACAAUCCGGCAAUGGUGAAAGCGAGCCCGGGGUUAUCAUUGAUGGCAAUGGCUUCGCGCAUAUUCUAACAGUUGCCGAAGAGGCGCAGCGUAACCUGAAUCUGCAACAAGCCGUCAUGGCAAAGAUGAAAGCUAAUGCGGUUGAAUCUAACUCGAAUGCAUUACCCCAGACGCCGAAACAAGUCUUGCUACGCCAAGAACCACAGUCGGAGCACCAGCCCAUCCCUUCUAGACUCCAGAAUUCCUGGUCACAUAAGAGCAAAGCAACUACGUUGAAUUGGAAGAGUCGCACCGAAACACCUGCAUCCUCCAAUAAUAAGCCCACCUUUUUCCAGAAGAUUGCCGGCUUGUUCAAAACGCGAAGGGCUCCUGGCCAAGGAAAUCAUGUUCUGGUGGAGCAGCCCUUUGGCCUUGCCCACUAA